AUGGCUCAACCCAGCCUCUAUGGAAGGGGAGUCAGCCUGCGCGUUGCCAUCCUCCUUACCUGUCAAUUUGCAUUUGCGCUUUUUGGGUACAACCAAGGUGUUUUCUCUGGAAUAGUCGGAAACGAGGAUUUCCUCAAUAUCGUUCAUCAUCCUACUACAGUCUUCAUUGGUUUCAUUGUAUCCAUCUACAAUGUGGGAUGCUUUACUGGAACCAUCGUGAUUUUUAUAACGAGUGAUCGAUUCGGUUUCCGCAAGACACUGUGGCAUAGCUUGGCAUGGAUCUUGGUUGGAGCAACCCUACAAGCGAGUGCAUUUUCACGAGCACAAUUACUUGCCGCUCGAUUUCUCGCAGGAAUUGGCACUGGUAUUAUGACUACUAUUGUCCCUGUGUACCAAUCGGAACUUUGCGAGGCACAGAAGAGAGGAAUGUUUGUUUGUUUCCAGCCUCUUGCUGUCGGCGUGGGCAUCGUCCUCUCCUAUUGGUUCGAUUAUGGCAUGAGUUAUGUCGACGGGCCUAUCAGCUGGCGUCUACCUAUUGCUUCCCAAGCGGUCUUCGUUUUUAUUGUGGCUUUCAUGGCCAUAGGACUUCCAGAGAACCCGCGAUGGCUUUACCUUAAGAAUAGGCAAGAGGAGGGUUUUCAAGUCCUGUGUGACUUUUAUGAUUGCGAAUCGGACGACCCUAGGGUGCUUAAGGAGUCACAGGGCAUUCGGCGAGCGAUUGAAGUCGACGCAGAACAUGGUGAAUAUAAAUGGCGCCAGAUUUUCAAGAAGGACGAGCUCCAAACUGGCCGACGCGUUUUGUUGGCUUAUGGCCUGCAGUUCAUGAAUCAAAUGGGAGGCAUCAACAUGAUAGUUUCCUACGUCACUACAGUAUUUGAAUCCAACGUCGGGCUCAGCAAGAAGAUGAGUUUACUCCUUGGAGGCAUAAUCCAAGUCAUGUUUGUCAUCGGCUCUAUCUAUCCCACUCGCUUCGCCGAUCAAAUUGGCCGUCGCAAACCCAUGAUGUGGGGAUCCUUGGGACUUUUCUUCUGCAUGAUGAUGAUCUCCAUUCUUCUCUCCUUCAAGGGAACCACCUAUGAGAAGCAGACCGCAUCGGCCUCCAUUGCAUUCUUCUUCCUUUACAUGCUCGUAUUCGGUGCGUCAGUGAACUGCAUACCAUGGGUGUAUGGACCUGAGCUGCUACCCCUUCAUGUCCGGGCGAAAGGCUCUGCCAUUGGAACGUCCGCAAAUUGGCUCUGGAAUUUCUUCGUGGCUAUGAUCUCCCCCACUUUGAUUCAAGAUCUGGCCUGGAAGGGCUACCUCAUUUUCAUGUGUUUCAACCUGGUUUUCGUGCCAAUUAUCUACUUAUUCUAUCCUGAAACGGCCGGCUUGACCCUCGAAGAGAUCGAUGCGCUGUUCAUCACACAUCAGUCGUAUCUCCCGAGAGAUGAGGAAUCAAAAUGGACAAAGAAUCCUGCCCUGAAGACUGUAUCGUCGAUCACGCCCGCUUCCACCCUUUUUACUCUUUCUCCUAUCUCUCCUGCCACUCCGACCACUCCACUAGAUCUUACUCAUUCCGCUACAGCCUUCCCUUUUCCUUCCAGUACCCAUCCUCCAACGAGUGAAAAGUCAAACAUGGCUAGGGCAACACCAAAGGACGGGUGA